UACCGCCCGCGUUUACUCCACCUAUCGGCGCAUUUUACUGUGAUUUUACCGCCUGAGACCCGGUGAGGUUGGUGGAUUUACUCCUGCACUUACACCGGUGGCUUUUAUUCUGCAUUCGGACCGUUUGAUGAGUUAAAUGACAGGGACCGCAUGUGCUCACCACGAUGAGGGUCUAUCAUAUUUCCCAUCUGCUGUGAAAAUGACAUUUACGUGGAUCAAAACAGACGGAAAGUUGGACGGAGGAAGUUGAAGUAAAGUGAAUAUUAGCCAGCAGCGCUAGCACCGCAACUUAAACGACACUUAUUUGACAUUUACAUUCUGUUUGAUUCAAUGUAGUGGUGAUGUAAACGUGUAAAUAGUGUUUAUAGUCAACGUACUGCGUUAUGCUUUUGUGUCGCCCUGCUUUUUGUUUUUAGUACACUGAGUUUAUUAGCUUGCCUUGCUAGCUGUCAUUUGAACUAACGUUACCUCUGAAGUCAGGACAUGUUGUUUGCCAGAUUAUUUACCACUUUCAGUAUAUUUUACGUUCGUUUACUCGCAAAAUAUUAACAUUUAACUUUAUUUUUGUAUCGUGUAAACAACAUUUCACACAGCAGUCGUUCAGUGGAGGUGUCAGUCAUAACGUUGUCUCAAAUGUUUCUUCUAGAACUCCUCAGCAGAAACAAAUAUUGACUCAAACGAGACAACAGUAAGAGUAUAGAGUUUAUUGACAUUAAUGUGUAUGGCAUAACUCAAAUAUCUGAGUUUACUUAUGUUCUCAAACUCUAGAGGAGUAAGAUUGCAGGUUUAUGCUUUAUUUUGUAUGAGAAUCAAUACAAAUUGUCAAUCCAAAGAUAAAAGAAAAGAGUUACGCACAAGUUUCCACUUUUCUCCAUUUAAUUUCCUUGCUGUCUCUGAAACUAUUGACAUUUCCAAUAGAAUGUGUUAGUUUGACAUGCUGUUAAUUUGCUGAAAUCGCAUUUAUAUUAGUUUACAUGAAUAGAUAUCCAUUUAGCUGUAUACAUUAGCAACCUGCUUUUCAAAAACCUUCGUUUUGUAUUGAUAAGCUACAAACAAAAUGUCUGUGUACUCAAAACUGCCCUCCCAGCUGAAAAAACCCCUUGUGAAAAAGACCAUUCUCCUUCUUGUUGCGCUGUAUGGGGCGAAGAAACUUUCCCCUUAUGUAUAUGGCAAGCUGAAAGGAAGGACUAGUAAACAGGUUAAGCGUACUGACCUGGUUACCUCCAAUGAAGAACCUCAAGAAGUGGAAGCCGCAAGGAAAAAGAAAAGCUCUCCGGCUGUGAACCGCGAAUUCUUCGAGAGGUUGAUUCGUCUCUUGAAAAUCCUCUUUCCUCGGCUUUUCUGCAAAGAACUUGUCCUGCUCGGUUUCCACUCUCUAGCUCUCAUUUCACGCACCUUUCUCUCCAUCUAUGUAGCCAAUUUGGAUGGGCAAAUAGUGAAAACCAUUGUGAAGAAAGACCCCAGGGCAUUUGUACUUGAGUUAACCAAAUGGCUGCUCAUUGCCAUUCCGGCCACGUUUGUGAACAGUGCCAUCCGUUACCUGGAGGGUCAGCUCAGCCUGGCCUUCCGCACCCGGUUGGUCACCCAUGCCUACAUGCUGUAUUUCAAUGAUCAGACAUAUUACCGUGUCAGCAACAUGGAUGGCAGGUUGGCAAACCCUGAUCAGUCCUUGACUGAAGAUGUGGUGAUGUUUGCUGCCUCUGUGGCUCAUCUGUACUCGAACCUGACCAAGCCGAUCCUCGAUGUGGUGGUGACCUGUUACACGCUCAUUAAAACUGCUGAGUCGAAAGGUGCCAGCACCACUUGGCCCGUCAUCAUAGCUGGCUUUGUGGUGGCACUUACUGCCAAGGUUCUGAGAGCGUUCUCCCCACGCUUUGGUAAACUUGUGGCAGAGGAAGCCAGGAGGAAAGGCGACCUUAGAUACAUGCAUUCUCGCAUCAUAGCCAACUCAGAGGAGAUCGCCUUCUAUGGAGGACAUAAGAUCGAGAUGUUGCAGCUGCAAAGGAGCUACACGGCGCUGUCCGAGCAGAUUAACCUGAUCCUGUUCAAGAGGCUGUGGUAUGUCAUGCUGGAACAGUUCCUGAUGAAAUAUCUCUGGAGCGCAUCGGGCCUGGUUAUGGUCGCUGUGCCCAUCAUCACUGCCACCGGAUUCUCUAAAUAUGAUUCAGAGGAUGUGAAACAGGCAGCCCUGGUAAUGAAGGAGGAGGACUUGGUGAGUGAACGCACACAGGCUUUCACAACGGCCCGGAACCUUCUGAACGCUGCAGCUGAUGCUGUGGAGAGGAUCAUGGUCUCCUACAAAGAGGUCACAGAACUGGCUGGAUAUACUGCUCGUGUGCAUGAGAUGUUCGAGGUGUUUGAGGAUGUGCGUGUCGGGGUGUACCGCCGUUCGGCCACAGAGGUCAAGCCAGAAGAUACAGUAGCGUCUCAGAAGGUGACGCAUGGCAUGAGAGUGGAGGGACCGCUGCAAAUAAGAGGUCAGGUGAUUGAUGUGGAACAGGGUAUCAAAUGUGAAAACCUGCCAAUAAUAACUCCUACAGGGGAUGUGGUGGUUUCCAGCCUGAACAUACAGGUUGAUGAAGGCAUGCAUCUGCUGAUCACAGGCCCCAACGGUUGUGGAAAAAGCUCUCUGUUCAGAAUCCUAAGUGGCCUCUGGCCCGUCUACAGCGGAGUGCUCUACAAGCCUUCACCCGAGCACAUGUUUUACAUACCUCAAAGGCCUUAUAUGUCGGUGGGAACGCUUAGAGAUCAGGUCAUCUAUCCUCACUCUGUUCAGGAAAUGCAGGAGAAGGGCAUUUCUGACAUGCAGCUGGAGGACAUCCUCAAAACUGUGAACCUCUGCUACAUCCUGGAGAGAGAGGGAGGUUGGGAUGCACUGAACGACUGGAAGGAUGUGUUGUCUGGAGGAGAGAAGCAGCGGAUGGGCAUGGCCAGGAUGUUUUACCAUAUGCCUCAAUACGCCCUCCUAGACGAGUGCACGAGUGCUGUGAGUAUUGAUGUGGAGGGCAAAAUCUUUGAAGCUGCAAAGGAUGCUGGGAUUGCGCUUCUCUCUAUUACACACCGUCCUUCUCUCUGGAAGUACCACUCCCACCUGCUGCAGUUUGACGGCGAAGGCGGCUGGCGCUUUGAGAAGUUGGACGCCUCCACUCGUAUUUCCCUGCAGGACGAGAAGCUUCGGCUCGAAACCCAGCUCUCGGGAAUUCCCAAGAUGCAGCAGCGGCUGGUAGAGCUGUGCCGCAUUCUGGGGGAGGACAGCAGCCUGCCGAACCCAGGGGAAGUGGAGGAGGACGACGGGAUGGAGGGAGAGAGGGAGCAACUGAAGGAGGCGGAGGAGGAGGAGAGAGAUGUGGUAUCUGCUAGAAAAGGGAAAGACCUUAUGGAGUGAUUUGAAGAUAGAUGACAGAUGUUUUCGAGGCCAGGUGUGAGCGUGUUUGUGUGUGUGUGUGUUUUGUGUAUCUACCCACACAUGCUUUAGAGGCAUGUAUUGAGUUAACAAUGUGUCUCUAAUAGGGUUGGGAAUCAAGAACUUAAUCAGAACCAGUUCCUUUUUUUUUUUUUUAAAGAAAUACCACAACGGGAAUCAUUUUAAGGAGGUUUGAUUUCAUUGUUAGUUCUAGAACAUUUACAUUCCACACCGAUUCAGAAGAAACACUGUAAUAAAAUAUGCAAAACACUCAUCAGAGCCACUUUAAACCACCCUUGCCGUUUUCAUGAUGAUCUGCGUGCAUCUCAUUUUCUGUUAGCUGUGCAUGAGAAUUUAAGUGUAAUUAAUUGAAUAGGUCUGUGAAAACAUCUUUUUGUGGUAAAGGCUGCUUCUGCUUUUGCAGUGGAAAAAUGGCUUUAAACUUCCUUUUUCACAGACUUUUUGAUUACAUUUAGGGUUGUGAGCCUUUCAGAGUUGAAUUCAGAAUGUCAGGAAGCUGAAUUAAAAUGAAUUGAAAUUUAGAAUUUAGAAUGGACAGUUUUACUUAAAAGUUGUAAAGAAAGUUUUGAAAAAAACUUUUAGAAGUUUAAAAGUCAUGCAGACAGAAAAUGAUUAAAAUGCAGCCAAUGGUUUUAUCCUUUAAAACUCAUCUUUGAUAAUCCAAAAACAUUUUCUUCCUGUGAAAAAUAUUUCUUCAUGUCUUAAAAUAGCUUGAAUGUAACUCUAUACCUUUGCUUCAUUUAGUAUACAUGGACUCAUGAAUAUGCAAAUUAGUCCCUGCUUCCACUCUAUCACACCUGCUUGGACGACCUGAUCCACUCGGUCAACUGUAGUAAAAGCUACACAAUGGCAAGUGGAAAUACAGGUUUAAUUCAGCCAUCUAUGUUUGAAGCAGAAACUGAUUCAGAAGAAGUAGUGAAAGAAUAGUAAUGCGUUUUAUGUAUUGCUCUUUACAACGUCGGACACAUAACGGUAAUUGAUAUGAUUGGCCUUUAGCUUGACUAUGUUAUCAAACAGCUAAUAAUGUGUUGCUGAUGUUACACAAACCAUGUUCUCAUUCACCAUCUCAGUCAGACAGCUGCCUUCUGAAAUCUUUUACAAUCAUCCAUUCUUUCUGCCAAUUCUCAAAAUUACUAAAAGAAUCAUUAACGGAACCGUUUAAGAAUCAGAAUCGGAAUCAGGUUCCCAUCUCUAGUAUGUAGACAGAAAACUCACAGUGAACACUUCAAAGAUUUUGUUAGCUGUACAAAGACAGUGCAGUUAGAAAGUGUUUGUUCGUGUGUGUGUGUGUGUGUGUGUAGCUCUCAAGUCUGGGUGUGUUUUGGGGGAGGGGGUGGGAGACAGCUGCCAACUCCGCCAGGUGCGGUCGAUGAUGAAAGCACCUAUGAAAGCUGUUCCUCAUGCUCGUUAUCGCUGUUCUCUGAAGAAUUCUCUGGAAAUCUGCGGGACCCAGGCGGCGUGUGCGUUUGCGUGUGUCUUUAGGGAAAGGGUGACAGUCGAGUUUGGGUUCUGCUGUUUUGUAUCAGUUCAGCGGUGGUAUUGUCAAACUUCUAAGGAGUCGCCAAGAAUGCUGUAGCUCAAAACCGUUCCAUGUUUUAAUGCAAAAUCAAAAAGGGCGAAUUUGUCCUCAGUGUAGAUGGUGAACGUCUUUGCUUUAAUGCAAUUCUAAUUCAUAUUUAGACCGUGACCACAUCUUACAUGCACAUCGAUAUCAGGAUCGAUUAUAUGUGCAGAACGCGUCAUGUAACCUUGCAAACCCGUUUGCCAUGACUUAAGCUGCGUACAUGUACAGUAGUGGCCAAAAGUGAUGUCUGGCCUAGGAAAAUGGACAUCUUCACCUUUUUAUUUUAAUAUUAUAAAAAAUUUGUUAAAGAUUUUUCAAGCAUAUUGCGUAGUUUUGCUUGAAGUCAGUUGUUUAUUUGUAAUAACACAAUAAAACAUGCCAAAUUGUGCCGACAUAAUUUUUGUUCAGGAUAUCAUAUAAAGAGAUUAUGAACAAAUGCAAAAAAACAAGAGAGAACCAAUGAAAUA